AUGAAUAGAUUCUUCAAGAAAGUCAACGACGAACUCGCAAAGCAAAGGGCACAGCGUAAGGAAGAUACCCCGUACUAUAUGGAUUCACAACAGAUCAAGGAUUACCAAAGCAUACUCCACGUACAAACCAGGACUUUGUUCAAUCUCAUGGCGGCGGAGAUCCGUCAAGAGCCGGAUCCUGUGGUGCAAGAGAAGAUAAGGUCCGGGAUGAAAGCUUCUAAACGCUAUCUGAAAGAUCAUCAUUUCGACGACAUGAAGGCACUUCUGUUGAAAGAAGUGGAAUCAGCUUACAAGAGGAAACAUCCUCGCUCUACUUUACACCCCCGGUUUCACGAGGAUUUCACAGCCGAUUGGGUCCGGAAGUCGGCGGAGGGCGAGACUCCGGUCAAAUGGGCGUUUGAAGUGACCACGCCGAUGAUAUACAAGUGCGGUCUAUGGGAGCCCCGAUCCCGCCAAUUUAUCCCUAUCGCGAGCAAAGACAUCCCCGGUGCUACUUGCUCUAGUUACGAAGGCUCGCUCGGAGUUCCGCUGCUCGAAAUCGAGACCUUACCCAAGGAGCCGACCGCCAGGGACGACACGCACUCAGUCUCAGAUAGAAAAUCGACCGUUGCGACGAUGAACAGCUCUGUUGGUCUCGGUUCUCGCUGUCAUUGUAUGUGCUUCUCCUUGUACUACUGCUGCCGAGCUCCUGUUGUCUACACGGCUGUUUGCGAUAGCGAACCAAAUUCUCAUGUCCGACGCAAGUCGUACGUAUUCCCCGCCUUCAAUGCUGGUGCAGCAUCGCGAUCAGCUGACGUAAUGCGAAAAUGUUGCGAGAUGUCAAGCUACCCUAACCCACGUUUACCUCGUACGUAUUGGAGCAGAGGAAAAGGAAGCAAUUGCGACAAUCAGAGAUUGGGUCAUGGGACGACGGCGCUCCUGGGAAGCAAACAAAGGAAGAUCCAAGGCCUCAACUUCUCUAAUCAACGAUUUUCAAUCAUCUGCCUAACUAUAAGAGGCGCCAUUGCGAGCAUUUUAGUUCUUUCGAAGCGUAUGACAAAGCCUACCCUCUUCCCAAUUUGUCGCAAGUUCGAUCGCAAAGUUUACCGCAGUCCCAAUCGCUGCAUUUCUGGACUGAACAUGUCUUCAUCGCUGCUCUCAAACAUCGUUGGCUCCGUCUUCACAACAUCCGGCUCGCGUGAUUUCGACAAGUUCAGAGAUAUCGCGAUUGGCUGCCUUUGGCACAUGUGUUUCAGCAUCCGGGACAAGGUCGAUACGUUCCGCGACAGGCCGUCCAAGCUGAAGUGGCUGAUGGCCAGAUCUUUCGAAGGAGAUUUCGAAGCCGAGGAGAAAGCGGUGCUGGAACAGAUCAAGAAAGUGGCCAAGAAAAAAGGUCUACAUCUGCCCGACGACUUCAGUCCUGACAUCGAUAUCAGGUGGUGGCCACGUGGACCAGUUUUUAAGGAGAACGAGCAUGAUGACUGUGAGAUUGAAAUCAUCCUCGAAUCCAACGACUCUACGUGUGGAUUCUUUCCGAACUGGAAGAAGAAUGAGGAACAUGCAAUCAAGCAAAGAUUUACACUCUUCUCGUUCGGAUUGGCUGACGCAGAUUCAGCUAAGGAUCCAUCCUUCACCGCAACUGAACCUUCAAUCGAACGGGAUACCCUCAAGAGCUUCGAGACUUACGAGUCGAGGAGAGGUACUUCUAUCGUCUGAAACUCUCGCAGACGUUCUGUAGCUGUGCAUCUGAUUCCCCCUUGUACCACAUCCAUUCUGGCAUUCUUUCUUGUGCCACCUCUGCCGAGUCCUUGUAAAGCCUUUACUGUAGAUCGAGCGUCCUGUCCGUUAUCGAAUAGAAAUCCCCAUGUUCAACGUAGAUCGUACAUCACUUUCCCAACUUCACCAUCGUUCCAACCCUUCCGUC